ACUUUAAGAAACGGUUCCUGUCAUUGUCUUUUGGCUCGAAGACCAACUUCAGUACCCCAUGAUUAUGCAAUGCAAAAAGAGGGCUUGAAUGCAUAAAGAAGUGGCAUUAAGGUAAUCAAUAAAAAUGAAUGAAUUGAUUUUCACUAUGACAUACUGAGAGUCUAUAAUCCAUUCUUUUCAGCACUAUUGCUUCUCUCAUGGAAACGUUUAAUCAGAAUAGCGGACGGGAGUGCAAUUUGCUUGUUCAGGUAUCCUAGAUGGAAGAAUCUGAGCUGUUAGCAAUGAAAGAGGCGAAUUAGACAUAAACGCUGAGAUCAAUUGAUGAAUGACGUCAUUAAUUAAGCUACCAUAGAGGGGCACAGCCAAUCAGAAGUGGGAACUUACAAAGCUAUGAAGUGAGGCUCCCCUGACUGAGUUGGACACUUUGCAGGGAAGAAGCUGGCUGUGGCAAAGAUGAACUCAGGUGGACGUCACUUCUACAUGUUGCUGGCCUUGUUUGCUAUCUGUAGUGUUACUUUGUCAAGUUUACAAGACCCCCCUGGAAGUCUUCCACUAGCAUUUAAGACUCAGAGUUCUGGAGUGGGGCUGGAGGCAGAGCCAUCCCUGAGUCUGGCAUCAUCACUAUGGAGACUUAAACAAGAUCUUCUGAAACAAAAAGUGAAGCCACAGCCAUGGGUUCAGGAUGAGGGAAAGAUGCCAAGGGAGGCAAAUGAAAGCCUUGAGUCUCUAACGGAGAUGCUUUUGAGAAUGAUCAAUGAGGAGAAGGAAAAUGCCGUAGGACAGCUGAGAGACAAAGAGGAAGACAGAGAAGACAGGAAGAGAAACCAGGCGCUCAUUUCCAUCGCUGGCGGCUUGCAGUCCUACAACAGGCAGAAAGGGGGUUUUGGGUUCCGUUUUGGGAAAAAGUAAUUGAAAAACACCCUACCUUCAGCCAACCAGCAGUGUUUCACAUGAUUCCUACUGGUUAUGGCAUAUCAAGUGGAAUCACCUGGGACUCCAUGUUUAUCCUAAAUCACCAAGUUGCUGUAAAAUGUACUCUGACAUCUUUUCAGCAUUUUCCACAACAGCUUGUUUUGCUGUAUUCCAUCCUAUACUGCGGUGCUCACGAUUUAUUUGGGGGCUACGUUUCUGUGCUUACAGUUACACUGCCACAGAAAAACCAGCACAGAACUGCUAACCCAGAAAGGCGCUUGCUCAGAAAUAAAAAUCAACUUCCAAACAGAUUAAGAAGCACACCAUGCUAUAUUUUAUUGUGUAGAAUUUGUAGACUCUAGGAUUGUACUGUCAUAUUCAACUGAUAUGUAAAAAAAAUGAAAAUGUUUUCAUUCAUUAAAGAAAAUGCCUUUCAUCUAAA